AUGGCUUCUGUUGGUAUUGCUGCCGGCCGGCAGGCUGAGGACACGCUGCCGCCGCCCGCCGAGCCUCCGCUGCCGGAGAUGAAGCCGCUGCCGCCGCCGCAGCCGCCGCCGUCUGUCUCAGCGCAACAGCCGCAGCCCGCGCCGAAACCUCCAUCCCCUGCCGGUGUGAAGGCGGAGGAGAACUGCUCCUUCCUUCCCUUGGUUCACAGCAUCAUCAAAUGCAUGGACAAGGACAGUCCCGACGUCCACCAGGACCUGAACACCUUGAAGACCAAGUUCCAGGAGAUGCGCAAGGUGGUCAGCACCAUGCCUGGCAUCCACCUGAGCCCCGAGCAGCAGCAGCAGCAGCUGCAGCGCCUCCGAGAGCAGGUCCGGACCAAGAACGAACUGCUGCAGAAGUACAAGAGCCUGUGCAUGUUUGAGAUCCCCAAGGAGUGA